AUGCCGUGGGGCUGCUUCAUCCCGCGCAAAUGGCGCUUCCACAACGUCCUCUGGGCCCUCAUAAUACUCGAGUUCCCCUUGACGGUAGCGAAUUUGACACUGUUUGGCGUCGCGUCACCCAAUCUGUACAGGACGAUACUGUGGUCCGAGGGCGGGAAGAUGGGAUUUAAUAGCGAUCCCAAGACGGUGCUGUAUGCGUAUGCGAACUAUCGACCCGUCAAGAUCCCGGUGGUGUGGAGUAAUUUCAACACGCAAUACAACCUCGUCAUCGGCGUCCUCUGCAUGUUCUUCUACCUCGUCAAAAGCACCCUCUUCCUCAUGCACAUCUUCUACCCCAUCGUCAGCCUCCCCCUGCACGCCGCCCUCCUCUCCCUCUGGGCCGUCUCCAUUCGCAUCCAGACCUCGCCCGACACCAUCGACCCCAAGCGCAUCAACAACGGCCCGCCGUGGUUCAUCACCAAGAGCUGCAACAUUGUGCAGGACAAGACGAUCCGCGCCUACUGCAUGCAGGCGAAGAGCGCCUUCGCCGUGAGCGUCAUCAUGCUCACCAUCUACGCCCUCUACCUCCUCCUCACCCUCAUCUCCCUCUACCCGACCCAAUCCGCCCGUCUAGCACACCAAUCCCGCCUCGCCGAGAAGCGCGCCGAAAAGGAGAAAUACGCCGCCUUCGACGCCGCCGCCUCGUCCUCCCCCGAACACGGCAUGUCGCCCGAGCAGCAGUGGCAGCACAUGUGGGAGUUGCAGCAGUUGCCGCGCACGCCGGGCACGGCGGGGGGGUUGAAGAGCCCGACGACGCCGAGGACGAGGGCGUGGAGGGAUUUGGGUGGCGAGGGCGUGAUGCCUGCGAUGCCGCCCCCGCCGCAGCCGCAGUCGCCGAUGCCGAGGAUGGAGAGGGUGGAGAGGACGGAGAAGAUGGAGAAUCCGUAUCAGGGGGGUUUCUGGGCGCAGCAGCAGCAGCAGAUGCAGCAAGGGCGGCACGAGGAGGAGGUGGUGGUGGAGCAGCAGUCGCCGUAUCGGACGAAUGCGGAGUAUUAUGGGGAGCAGGAGAAGGCGAGGGGGUUGGGUGUUUAUUAA